GAGGAAAGAAAGCAAUCAGCUGUUUUCGUACGCUCAAUCGCAAUGUCAAAACAAGUGCCGACGGUUCGUCUUAGCAAUGGAUACGAAAUACCGGUCCUCGGUUAUGGGACAUACUUGGCCCAAAAGGGACAGUGCGUGGAGCUGGUAAAGAAAGCGAUCGACAUCGGUUACCGGCACAUCGACACGGCGUAUCUGUACGAGAAUGAGGUCGAAAUCGGACAAGCGGUACGGGAGAAGAUAGCAGAAGGGGUCGUCCGGCGAGAAGACAUCUUCGUGACGACCAAACUGUGGAACACAUUCCAUGAUCCGCAGCACGUCGAGGAAGCUUUCCGGCGUUCGUACGAAAUGCUUGACCUAGAGUAUAUCGAUCUGUUCCUGAUGCACUCACCGAUGGGUUUACAGUUUGCCGGGUACGAGUACGGUGAUAUGCAACCGCAAGAUGCCGAUGGGAACAUGCGCUGCUCCGAUAUUGACUAUGUGGAAACGUGGCUGGCAAUGGAACGGUUGGUCACUUCCGGGAAGGUGCGCAGCAUUGGGCUAUCGAAUUUCAACAGUGAGCAAAUCAAACGCGUCCUUGAGGUUGCCACCGUGAAGCCGGUUAUUAACCAGGUGGAAGUGAAUCCGGGUUACGAUCAGCGGAAAUUGAUUGCGUUCUGCAAGGAUCGUGAUAUAAUCGUCACUGCGUACGGACCAAUGGGAAGACCACACCGUACGACUUACGGCAACCGUAACGCUCUGGACGAUCCAAAAGUGGUGGAAAUAGGGCGGAAGUAUGGAAAAUCGGGCGGACAGGUUAUUCUACGAUAUUUGCUCGAUAUCGGAACCGUUCCAAUUCCUUACUCAACCAAUGAUGAACGCAUGCAGCAGAAUAUUGAUGUAUGCGAUUUUAAACUGAGUGCUGAAGAAAUUGAAUAUCUUGCAUCUUUUCAUUCAGCACGCACAAUUCCAUUUUUACCGCUCAAGUCCCACCAGCACUAUCCGUUCAAUAUAGAAUUUUAG